UUUGUGCAUCAGAAGGGUAAUCAUCAACAUAAAAAGUUACACAAAUGGACAAAGUUUAUGCGGAGCUAGAUGUUGUUAAAGGCGAGGUGGAAAAGCUCAGAGAAGAAUGCCGGACCAAAACAGAGAUGACGGAGAGUUUGAGGAAAUCCCACAUUGAUCAAUUAUCGAAACUUCAAGAAGCUAAGUUGGAGAUUGGUAGACAGGAAAAUGAACUAUUUGUUAAAUCUGAGGAAAUAUUUGAGAUCAAGAAACUCUACGAUGAUAUCAAGUCCAUUGUACAUGAGAAAGAAACAUGUCUCCAGAAUCUUAGCUCUGCUCAUGAGAAGCUGCAACUAGAUUAUGGGAAGAAAAUUGGGAAGUUGGAAGUACAAAACAAGGAUUUGGUGUUGGCUCUGGAUGAAGCAACAUCCAAAAUUCAAGAUUUGGAAAUGCAGAUAUCUGCUAGUAAUAAUGAAAUCAAUGCUCUUAAGCAAAUCAUGUCAGUUAGGCAGGAAAUCUGUGUUGAAUCAGAGCUAAAAACAAGGGCAUCCAAAGAUCUGAAAGAUGGAGAUGCCAUUAUCCAAAAACUUGAUGAAGAAAAUAGGAUCGCGAAAGAUCAGUUGAAAUGGAAGAGUGAACAAUUUAAACACCUUGAAGAAGCUCACAAAAGAAACCAUGAUCAGUUCAAAACCAGUAAGGUGGAGUGGGGUCAGGAAAAGUCAGCAAUGCUUGAAGAGAUCUCUUCAUUGCAAGCAAGAUUGGAUUCUCAGACUCGAAUCUCAGAAGACCUCCAAAGCCAAUUGAGGAUGAGUAACCAAGCUUUAGCUCAUCAAGAAAGCAGAAAGAGAAUUCUGGAAAUUGAAGUGUCUGAGUUUAGAUCUCAAUUCCAUGAUAUCUCUUUAGAGUGCCAAGAAGCAAACUCAAAGCUUGAGAACUUGACCAUCAAGAGGGAUGAAGAAAUUGGAGAGUUAAGAAACUUACUCCGAACAAAAGAAGCACUGUUCAAGGAUACAAAAUGCAAAAGUAUACAGCUUGAACAGGAAAAUCAAGAUUUACGAAGAUCUCUCAAAGAGCUUCAAGAGUCUCAACUCCAGGGUACUGCUUCCACUUCUGUACUUAAGAAACUGCAAAGCAAUUUCCAGCAUUUGAAGCAAUUACACAAGAAAUGUUCCUUAAACCUCAAAGAAAAGGAAGCUGAAUGGAGCUCACAGAUAGGAAAAGUGGCAGAAGAUAUGAAAAGAUGCAUGUCUGAGUUAAAAAGUAAAGAAAAACACAUAGACGAGCUAGAAAAGGAGCUGGAUGAUCGCCGUGAUGCAUGUGAUGUUCUUACUGGAGAGAUAUCUGUCUUAAUCUUGGUUUUAAAAUCAGAAUUUCAUACUGGUAGCAAGGAGCUCUCUAGAGCCAACACGGAACAAGAGCCAAAUAGCAAAAGUCUAGUACAUCAAAAGAAUGAACAAGCAACCGUUUUAGAGGCAGAACUGAGUGAGUACAAAAAGAUGCUUGAAGAGUCAUCUGAUUGCCAAGUUCACCUCAGAGAACAGGUCCUGAAAUUGGGUAAUGCUCUCAAAGAUGCUUCUGCUGCUUCAGAAGAAGCUAAAGAUGACCUGGCCAAAGCAAGGAAAGAAGUCAAAGAAAGCAAACUUGAACUAGAGAAGUGGAAAGCUGAAGCAGGAAAUCUUAAAGACUACCUUGAAGAGAACCAAUUUUCCCAAAAGCAAGAGAAGGAGAUCUUACUUGGGAUUUUGAAGGAGGGAGAAGCCAAAAUUAAUGAGCUACAGCAACAGAUUACAGAAGCAGAGUUGAAGAUUGUUGAAAGAACAGAGGCAGUGAAUGAUUUAAAUCAGGAGAAGCUUCAAUACUAUCAAAUUGCAGAAGGCAAGGAUAACACCAUAGAAAUUCUUCAAACUAAGAUUUCUUGCUUGGAGCAAAAGUUGGCUGAUAAAGACCUUCAGAAUGAGCAAAUACAAUCAGAUGUGCGGAAGGCUUUUGAUCAGGAGAAGGAGAACCUCUUGCUGAAUCUGAAAGAGAAAGACAGGAAAAUACAAGAUAAUCUCAAACAGGCCAAAGAUUUAGAGGAAGAUAUGACAUGUAAAGAAGUUGCUUUUACAGCUCUGAUAACGGCUGAGGGUUUAAAAUUACUUGAGAUUAAAGAGAAAAACAAGGUGAUUGCCGAGUUAGAGCUGAAAUUGGGUGAUAAACAUCAGAAAUUGGAACUCCUAAAUAAAUCCUUGUCUGAUUCAAGACAGAAGGAGGGGCAGCUGGAAACAUUGUUGCAAGAAAGUAAAAAGGAAUCGGAAGAGCUGAACACUCAUUUUGGCAAUGAACGGAUGCACUUGGAGGCCCAAAUUCAGGAACUUGAGUCCCACAAAAAUGAUGCGCUUGAAGAAAAUAAGAAACUCUUUGUUGAUAGGGAGGAAUUACUAGUACAAAUGCAAGGAAUACAUGGAAGAAUGAGUGAAUUAUGCUGUGAAGAUGUUGAACUUGUAAGACAUUUGGAGAAAAUAUUGGAGAACCCUGAGGAAGAGAAAAAGCGUCGACAUAGUAAUUUAGGGAGAGACCACCAUUCUAGAGCUCCCUUAUCAACUGCCAAAACAGAAACUGAUGAAAGAACUCCAUUGGUAGAGCUCAACUGUUAGGCUGAUAGUUCAACUGGGAGCAAUUCUAUACUCCAAACACAAACUUCUUUAGCGUUUUCCAAGAUCUGCAACUCUGGCUGGCAAUCUGUUACUGACAGGAUUUUUGAUCUUUUUGUCUUUUGUUGUAUGGGUGGUUGUUUUAUAAUGUUCUUCCCAAUG